UUAAGUUAAAUCGAUCGAAUGCCAGAGAACCAGUAUAUUACCAAUCAGCUGGUUCACGGUUUGAAGGAAACACUCCGCUCUAACUGAAGGGUUUAAGAAAGAAAACACCACCUUAUAAGAUUGGAAUCUCACCCUUCACGUUCGAACUAUACAGAAGCGAACCGAACCGGAAUAAACCUUAACUGGUCCGGUCCAUCCCUUAAACCCUUCCAUCAUCUCGCUCGGCUUCCCUAGAAGCCCAUUUGAUCAGUUUCAAAGUUUCCGCGUUUCAGUCCCAACAUCAAUCUAAAGUUCCAACCUUUGUUCGUAUAAAGCUCUAAAAACCUUCUCAAACACUUGUUUCAUUGUCUAAUUGAAGGAAAUGAAGUAUGUGAAGCCAUUGAGGUUACUGGGUGAUGCGUUGAAGACAAAAGUGUCAGUACCUGGUCGGUUUCUCGGGUUAGAUGUGGGUGAUAAGUAUGUUGGAUUAGCUGUUUCAGACCCUUCUAAUAUGAUUGCGUCUCCUUUGAGUGUUCUGCUAAGGAAGAAAACAAACAUUGACUUGAUGGCUACAGAUUUUCAGAAUCUGGUCAAGUCAUUUUCUGUGUCUGGCUUAGUAGUUGGUUAUCCUUUUGGCAAACUGAACAACGUAGAAGACGUUGUGAUUGUGAAUCUUUUCAUUGAGGAGCUUCGUAAAACCGAAAAACUCAAGGAUGUGAAGUACACUUAUUGGGACGAGCGGUUAUCAUCAAAGACCGUUGAACUGAUGUUGAAGCCUUUGAAACUGCAUCCAGUUCAAGAGAAGACGAUGUUGGACAAGUUUGCCGCUGUAGUUAUACUUCAGGAGUAUUUAGAUUACGCAAACAGGUAUGUAAAAACUGAGCCAGAAGAGUGAAAGAGAAACGGGUAGUGACAAGUUAGAUUGGAUGCUAACAGUCUCCUAUAAUCAGCUAUAAGAGCUAGUUUCAGAUAAAUGAGUAUGAUUUGUUGUGAAACUAUCAUCUCACAAUAAUAUCUCUCACGACCUUUGUUUUGGGCAGUAAUCAUAUCUUUAAACUUUAGGCAAAUAUGAAUAAGGCCUUUGUGUUACUACUAUGUACGUACUUCCAAUGUUCGAGUCAA